AUGUUCUCAUCUACACGUCUGGUGAACCUCCCGGUGUACCGGGGACCAGCGGCAGCGGCUGCCAGCUGGAUCGGCAAGAAGAUCUAUCGACAGACCUUCUGGCAGAAGUUCCUCCUGUUCGCCACGAUAAGCGAGUUCGUAUGGAUGGGGUAG